GACCGGUCAUACGCAAUGUGGUAUGUCAAAGAAGGUGCUGGGUGUUGAGUAGAAAGAGCCUGCUGACCGGUGCUUGGGGUCACGCUCAGAAUAUACUCCGGUACUGCCUAAGUUACUCUCAACCUUGCUUAGUCAUUAUUUAGUAAAAGCCAGAUCUUGGACAAGAGGCAAUGUCGGCCACCCAUGAGACAGACACUGAUUGCUUUCCACAUGAGCCUCAUGGUGCACGGAACGAAGCUGUGGAUUUCACCUGUUCUGAUCGUGCCGCUGGCCGUGAUUUCUGAGACUCGAUGGAAUCCCGACUUGACCCCAUUUCUGGACUCUGAGGGCGUCGUGUCUAACAAGGUCCAACCCGCUCUCAUUCUUGGCGGGCUGGGGCCGGUUGGGGCGAGUUUCGUGGGACAGGUUAACAAGUCCAGACACUGUCAGCUUACAAGGAUCACCUAACUAGCUGCAGAGGGGCCAGCUGACUAAGAGCAGGCUUGGAUGGGACCAUUCUAGCGUCAUUGUCACGGCCAUUGCCGCUGCUUACCUACCUGGGUUUUUCUUCGAUGGCGCCUAGAGGCGGACCUGAUCAUGACAGGAAAGCGCCCGCCAGAAUGGCUCCAGAGGACAUCCAGGUCAGUACAUUGAAUGAAAUGACCAGCAAUCCUUCCUCGGUGCAGGGCCGGUCGCGAAAUGGGUGCAUCACUUGUCG